AAAACCACAAUCCCUUACUAAAACUCUCUCAAAAGCCAUGAUUUCAAGCUUCUCUUCCUCUUCCUCCUCCUCUCUUUUUCUCCAUCUCCCCCUCCAUACACAUCCAACUCUACCCUACACUCCUCAAUCCUGACAUUUCCCCCCAAACUACCCACCAUGCGCCUCCCAUACGUCUCCAAUCCACCCACCUUCACCUCUGACUCAGACAACGCCAUCGUACAGCGCGUCCAAGCCCGUCGCGGCUCCCGAGGCCUAAUCCCCCUCGAUCUCGCCCUUCUCCACUCGCCGCCGGUCGCAGAUGGCUGGAACUCCUUCCUCGGCGCCAUCCGCACCGGCACAACGCUCCCAGCCUCAGUCCUCGAACUGGCCAUCUGCCGCGUCGCCGCGCUCAACAACGCAUGGUACGAAUGGGAUGCGCACGCCCCGCUGCUCCAGCGCGCCGACCCAGCACUCUAUACUGACGCCGUGAUGCAAUACGUGCUGACUAGCCCCGCGUACGCCGGGCAUCGGCAGACGGACGACGGGUAUGGUGCCGCGGAUGGGAGGAGCGGGCUGGGCGAGCGGGAGCUUGCGGUGUUGGCGUACACGGAUGCGAUGACGCGGAGCGUGGAGGUGCCGGAGGCGGUGUGGGCGCGCAUGAGGGCUGUGUUUGGCGAGCGGGAGAUGGUGGAGGUGACGGGGGUUGUGGCGGCGUAUAACUGUGUCAGCCGGUUUUUGGUUGCGCUGGAUGUUGGGGAGAAGAAUGGGAGUCGGUAAGGGGGGAAGGGAGAUGGAGUCGGUGGGAUUGCAUCGAGAGGAGUUGGUUUCUGGAAAUUGAAAGCAUUGGAUCGGUGUUUGCUUCAAUGAUGAUGAUGAUGAAGCUUCGUUCCGUUUCUGGACUGGCCAUUCUGCCUAUAUACAAAAUCUGCUCCAACGGCCAUACCUCUCCAUCUGCCCCUCAACGGAGACCGAACUAUUCUGCGUCCGUCUU